AUGACUCAACUUUCGGCUGGACUCAAACGAUCAAUUGCUCUGAAUACUAUCGGUAUCGCACUUGUUAUGCUCUGGUUGCUUUCACCACUUAGCAGUCAAGCAGUAUUACGCAUCUUAACUAUUGGCACUAAUACAACCACGACGAGUCUUCCCUUGCAUUACCUAAACGUGAGCAACUGGAGCGACUUAAGGGGGGGCACUUCAGAUGGCCAGCUAGCCUUGAUAGCCCCAAAUACACUACUAAAUGCAGCUCUCAUCAGUCCCAUCGGCCUCAAGGCUGCACCUCAGGAUUUGUGGAAUCAUGUCAAGAUUCCACAGCUUUCCCGUAUGUCGUCGGGCCGAGCUGAUCCCGAUGGCUGGUAUCAAGUCACCGCAAACAGCACAGAUGAUUUUUCCUCGCUUAUCGGCAUUCCCAUCGUCUCUCUGCCAAAAAUGGACCACCGGUCCAUAAAUCUUUCCUUGGAGUCAUGGUACUGGGAUCUGGAGUGCAGUCCUUGGCAGCCUAAUCCUCGGCAGCUUGUCAAUUCAACCAUCGUUCCGACAUUUGAAUCCUUUCAGUGGGACAGCCUUGUGAACAAUGGUCGAUCAAAGAACUUUCUUUAUCCACCUUUUAUAGUUUACUAUAACGACUCCCUCACCGCGGGAAAUCGCGCCACAGAUGCUUGCAAUGCGGAUAAUUUUCUCUCCAGAACCAGCGUUAUUGAUUGCCCAGAGCUCGGUGUUCGGAGAAUCGGUAUCAAACUUCAGGGUGCAUAUCCGGAACUUCUCUCCGAAUGCCAGAUCAGAACUGUGUAUGUGGAGACGGAGAUUUUCUGUUCUGACGGGAUAUGUGUCCCAAAUCGUAUCAGAGAGUCUAAAGUCCAUCAUCUGCAGAGCAACUGGACCAUGCUCGAUAUAUGGACAGGAACAAGUGCUAUCAGCUACACUGUCCCAAGCCUCUUCUUCAACAAUUUCGCAAAUUCUAUCGCAGGGAGGCAAAAUGGAGGAGGGGGCUCAAAUGCAAUGAUUGGAUACAUUGACAACCCAAACACCCCCUUCAGUUCCAACAGCCCCGGGCAUUUAGGUGAGGCACCAGACCUUCAAAAAAUUGAUGACAAACUAAUCACUUCACGUUUCACACAAAUUAUGAAUACGUACUGGCUCGUGUCCAUCGGCAGUCAGCUAGUGAUGGGCACGAAUGGAGACUUCAAUCUCAGUGCAACAAGUUCUCAACAAUUUGACCCCAAAUACAAGACCAGUUUGACCAGCACCGUACUCGCUACAAUCAACACAACAGAAGACGUGUUGCAAUGCUCCGUGGUUUGGCUAACAAUAUUCAUGCUGGUCACGCUGAUCGCAUUUGCCGCUGCUGUCUGUGGACUGGCCAUCAUCAUGAUGUCUUCAGGUCCGAGGCUUGCGAUGAAUAUAUCAACCGUGAUCCGGGACAACCGGUACUGUCCAAGCAUCUCCAAGGGCUCGUACCUCGAUGACAAUGACAGGUCUCGGGAUUUGCAGAACUUGACUGUACGGAUUGGCGACGUUAAGCCAAGCGAGAGUGUCGGACACAUUGCAAUAUCGACGACAGGUACUGGUGAUUCUGUGAUAAUGGAUCGGUUGAGGAAAAGAAGGUUCUAUGACUGA